AUGGUGGCAAUUUCUUUCCUUCUUUCUUUUUUUAUCACAACGCCAUUUUUUUCUUUAGACUUGUUUGCUGUUAGAAGCAUUCUCGUUUCUUUCUUUCCCAAGGAUUUCAUUUCUCGUUUCAUUCGCUUUUUCGAAAUUAGCUUUAUUUUCUUCUUUUUUUUUUUUGCAUUCUAUUAUUUGAUUCCUUUACUUCUUUCUUUCUUUCUUUCUUUCUUUCUUUCUUUCUUUCUUUCUUUCUUUUUCCUCUUUUAUUUUAUAUUUCAUUCACUUUAUACUUUUGUCUCUUACGUUUUCUCUUUUUCCAUUCUUUUAUGUUUUUAUGCUCCAUUUCUUUCAAUAUUACAUGAUAAAUUUUCCUUCUCUUUGUAUUUCCGUUUCUUUUUUUUUCUUUCAUCAGUUCUCAUUCCUUCAUUCAUUCAUAUUUUCUUUAUUCUUUCUUUCUUCAUUUUCUCAUUCAUUCAUUCACUCAUACUUUCUUUCCUUCUUUCUUUCUUUCUUUCUUCAAUUUUUCAUUCAUUCAUAACGUCGAUAAAUUUGUUUCUGUUUUUAUUAUGUGAUUUUUUCUUACAUUCUUUUUAUUUUGUCUGUUGUUUUACUUCACUCAUCAUUUUUUCUAUUUUUCGUUCAUUAAUUCUUACUUUAUUUCUCGACUUUCUUUCAUUCAUUCCUUUUUUAUUUUCAUUUUCUUUAUUUCAUUCAACUAUCUUUUUUUACCUUCCUUUUAUCCUUCUUUUUCGAUUAUUUUCUUUCUUUCUUUCUUUCUUUCUUUCUUUCUUUCUUUCUUUCUUUCUUUCUUUCUUUCUUUCUUUCUAUUUAUAUCUCUUUUAUCUCCCGUCAAUUUCUUUCUUUAUUUUCUUCUUUCUUUCUUUCUUUCUUUCUUUCUUUCUUUCUUUCUUUCUUUCUUUCUGUUUUAUUUUUUUCUUUUUCACAGUUUGUUUCCCUUUUUUCAAAUUCCUAUUUUUUAUGCCCUCCUCUUUUCUUUUUCAUUUUAUUUACUUCUCAUUCCCGCUUCUUUUUCUUUCUUUCUUUCUUUCUUUCUUUCUUUCUUUCUUUCUUUCUUUCUUUCUUUCUUUCCCGCUUUUUCUGUUCCAUUCGUUUCUCGCAUUUAUUUUUUAUUCUAUCACUCGCCAUUUCUUCCUUAAUUUCAUUCUUUAUCUCACUGUUUGUCAAAAUUAUUAUUUCUUCUCUUUUUCUUUUUUCUUCUUUUCUUAUUGCCUUUCUUCUCUCCUCCCCGCUCUUUAA